GCCGGAGAUGUUCCUGCCGAUGAUGUACCCCAGCAUUUCGCCGCUAUCAACGCGAUGCUGCACAACUACCUUCCUGUUUAGGAAGACUGUAUGUUGAUCUUGGAUAUCGUAGCCUCCAACAAUCUUGCAGGUAUCGACAAAAUACGCUGCGAUGGACAACUGCCUGGCGGAAUGUGAUUGUGACAAAGGUUCCAAGUGACUGCGCGUUGGUACUGGUCUGGAGUCAUCGCGAUAUGCAUGCUUUAUUAAACAUUGUAAGCCCCGCCCUGAUGCAUCACGUCUGCAUACCAUUGUAAUCUUCACAAUCUGUGCACGUCUCAGCUUCGCCUCGGUCGUCAUCGCACAGUUGUCAAGAUGAAUCUCUUGACCUCUUUCCUUUCGCUUGCCACAAUAGCGCACACGCAGCAGCUCAUCCAAGCAUAUGGGAAUCUCACAUUACCACCUGGUGAUACCACCAUCCUCGGGAACAUCUACAACUACUGGGUAGCUCUUCCCAAUAAGACAUUUGAUCUGACUCGAGCUCUGUAUCUUCCCACCACGACCCCUGUCACGAUUCCCAUGAAUGGCUCCCGGAAAGCCGCCAUUAUUGAGCCUUCACGCUCAGCACUCGUCAUCAUUGACAUGCAAAACUUCUUCCUGCAUCCAGACCUAAACGCCAAGGCAACCGGGGGAAGAACCGCUGUCCAACCUACACUCAACAUGAUCGAGGGGUUCAGAAAGAAGGGCAUGCCGGUCCUCUGGACAAAUUGGGGCCUGGACGAAUACGACCUCUUGACCAUACCGCCAUCCUUUCUGGAUGGCUUCUCUUCGGACAAUUCUCCAUUAACCACUUUUGGGAGCGAGAUGGGUAUGGUGAACGGGACUUAUGCCGGGCGGACAUUGAUGAGAGGAAGCUGGAACGCGCGACCUUACGGGCCGCUGUACGAUGCACAGGUCAAAGGUGUUGCGGACGGAACGGACUUCUACUUCAACAAAAACCGCUUGAGUGGAUUGUGGGGAGCCCAGACUCCACUUGGGCUCUAUCUGCAAGAAAACCAGAUCACGACGCUGUUCUUUGGCGGUGUGAACGCGGAUCAGUGUGUAUGGGGAACGUUCCUGGAUGCGUAUUAUAAGGGAUACGAUGUGGUGUGGGUUGAUGACAUUGCGGCUACAACGAGUCCGCAGGCUGCGACGGAUAUGGUCAGGUAUAAUGCGAAUCUUGAUGGCUUCGUUACCAAUUCCUCCAUCGUCCUAUCGGCGCUUGCGUGA